AGGAGCAAUAUGCUUAGUUGCUAUAUGACUUGGACUCGCAUAUGGCCCGCAUCGAGGAACUGACCAAUGGGCGAGGAACAAGCAGGAUGGAAACUAUCAGAAUACGGUUUUGGACAGCGUUCAGCGUCCUUUUUUUCUUGAACUUCGUGCAAAGUAACAUGUUCUUUGCAUUUUCACAUACGCGGUAUUGUCGCCGGCUGGUUCGCAGCCCUACCUUUACACACGCGUUCCGGGUCACCCCUGCGUGCGGCUUGCAAGUUACCAUCCACAUCCGAGGGAAGCGCUCGGGGGGGGAAGAGUUCUUGAACGACGCCUACCUUGAGUACACCAAGCGCUUACGACCCGUCUUAGGCCUCACGACUGUAUGGCACAAGACUGACUCGGAGCUUGAAGCAGCAAUCGCAAAGGAGAAAGCUCCUGUAAUUUGUUUGGACGAGGGAGGAAAGCAACUAUCGUCCAUGGAACUUGCGGAUAUCCUCUACAAGCGUCUAGAAGAAGGCGGGGCGCGCCUGUCUCUCGUCAUAGGAGGAGCGGAGGGCUUACCGCCUCGGUUGCGGGCCAGCAAGGAGCUUUGGAGCCUUUCGCGUUUGACGUUUACGCACCAGUGGGCCCGUGUUCUCCUUGCCGAGCAGAUUUACAGGGCCUCGGAGAUAAAGAGAGGGAGCGGGUACCACAAAGAGUAAGCAUGGACUGCGGGGGGAGACAUUUGGUCGGCAAAAAGCUGAAGUGGGCGUUAGGGGGAAUGUGUCAGCAUCGACUGUAUUUAAAGAAACAAACGGGUGGAAAAAGUAAGAAAAUACAGGAGAUAGAGAGA